CCUCCCUGACAGCAGGGGGCGACAGAGCCCUUCCUUAGCAACAGAGGAAUCCCAGCAUAACAACAACACGGCUGCUAACGUUAGCUCGAAGAGGAGCGGAGUGUAUUUUUCUGCGAAUUGGGAACUUAUCAACAGGUACGCUGGAAUUUUCUGACACCCACUCGGACAUGUCCUAUGUCUUCAUCAACGACUCGUCGCAGACCAACGUGCCGCUGCUGCAGGCCUGCAUCGAUGGAGACCUGCCGUUCGCCAAGAGGCUCCUGGAGACGGGCUGCGACCCCAACAUCCGGGACAACCGGGGCCGCACCGGGCUGCACCUCGCCGCCGCCCGGGGCAACGUGGACAUCUGCCGCCUGCUGCACAAGUUCGGAGCCGAUCUGCUAGCCACCGACUAUCAAGGGAACACCGCUUUGCAUCUGUGCGGACACGUGGACACCAUCCAGUUCCUGGUGUCCAACGGGCUGAAGAUCGAUAUCUGUAAUCACAACGGCUCCACCCCUCUGGUUCUGGCCAAGAGACGCGGCGUCAACAAGGACGCCAUCCGCCUGCUGGAGGGUCUGGAGGAGCAGGAGGUGAAGGGCUUCAACAGAGGAGCACACUCCAAACUGGAGACCAUGCAGAUGGCCGACAGUGAGAGUGCGAUGGAGAGCCACUCCCUGCUGAACCCCAACCUGCAGAGCAGUGAGGGGGUGCUGUCCAGCUUCAGGACCACCUGGCAGGAGUUCGUGGAGGACCUGGGCUUCUGGAGGGUCCUCCUGCUGCUGGUGGUCAUCGCUCUGCUCUCUCUGGGCAUCGCUUACUACGUCAGUGGGGUCCUGCCUUUCUCCAGCAGCCAACUGGAGCUGGUGCACUGAGAGGAGAGGAGAGGAGAGGAGAGGAGAGAAGAAGAAGAGAAGAAGAAGAGAAGAAGAAGUCCAGAAUCCAUUGUUUAUUUAGUUUACUUGCAGCCCAAGUCUUUUUCUCUGCUAUCUGAACAACUUCAUAUUAUACUCUUUUGAUUUGCAUUGCAUUGAGUUGGCCCGCAGCACCAUUCGUGUUUACUCGCGUCACUCAAACUAGACGUGCUGGCGAGGAGGCGGGGCUUAUCUCCAUGUACAUACCGUGGUAUACACCAACAACAAGUGAACACAUUUGACCGUGAUUUAAUUGUAAUUCACGUAUAAUAACUAAAUACUGAUACAGAUUAGGGACAAAAACAUGAGUUCAUGCUUUUGCAAGUGUGCUUACAAGAAAUUAAUGUUUUCUGAAAAGAGACGGGAUGAACGUACCUCGAGUAAAAAGUCACCUCUAGAUCCAAAAGAACAAAACUCACACACUCAAUUAGACUGCGUACGCGUGGGGCGAUCGAACAGGAAGUGUCUCGUACUAAAAAUAAGUGUUGGUUUAAAUAAUGUUAAAUAUUCCCUCUUUAAAGUGAGAUCAAGCUGAACUAGUAUGAAAAUGAGAAAAAGGCUCCUGCUUUGUUUUAAUGCAAUUAUCACAUUUCCUUGUAUAACCGUUAUGCUCUGCUUCAAGCUGUGUUUUGCCAUUGUUUUUCAUAUUUGUCGGAUCUUUUAAUCGUGUUAUUUAUCAAAUAUCUUCUGUAUUCUUUUUCCUGCAUUCUGUAUGUUUUGUUAAAAUCUUGCUUUCUUACCCCAUUUCUCAUGUAAUCAAUAGACUGGAGUUGUGGUAAAUGAUAAAUAUUCCUAAUUUUGCAUCGUCCUAUUAAAGUAGAAAAGCACCUCGACCGCGUUCCAGCAGAAGCACGCGGCGUUGUUGCAUAAUGAUCAUAUAAAGGCACAAUGCUCACCCGUAGGAUGAUGGCAGCAGUUUAACAAUGUGUUGUUGUAUAUUCCUUUUUAUCUCAAUGUCCUUGUACACCAUGUUCAUUGUAUCUGUUUAUUUUCUGUCAUUACAUGUGGACCCAGAAUAAAGUCUGAUUAUAAACAACAA